AUGGGAAAUUGUUGCCAAUCAUCGUUGUUGUUCGGAGUAGGCGAGAGAGAAACUCACCCGGAAAAGGAAAAUCAGCAACCCUACCGCAACCACAAUCACAACGCUAUCUUCUCUCAGAGUCAGAGAGAGACUAUGACUAUUUUCGUGUCUGUAGCUGAUGAACCUUCAUCGUUCUCGGAGCUUUCCUUGGCAGACCUGAAAGUCGCGACAAAUAAUUUCAGCUCGGAGUUUAUCGUUUCGGAGAGUGGAGAAAAAGCACCGAACGUGGUUUACAAGGGUCAGCUCCAGAACCCGAACAAGAAUCGUCGUUGGAUUGCUGUGAAGAAGUUCAGCAAAGCUGCAUUGCCUGAUCCGAAGCAAUUCGUGGAAGAAGCUUCUGGCGUUGGGAAAUUGCAGCAUCCAAGGCUCGCUAAUUUGAUCGGUUACUGUUGCGAACAUAAACUAUUCGAUUAUGUGAACAAAGAUAGACUAGAAGAUCAUGCGUAUCAUCCAGUUAUGUAUGUGAAAUAUAUGCUUCCUUGCAAUGUUAUUAAAACUGGCCUGGUCAUUGAUCUGGUCGAGAUAAACCCUGAUGUGAUGUCUUUCCCCAAACAAGCACCUCAUAGACUCACAGAGCAAAGAGAAGAGCUCUGA